AUGAAUUACGGAGUGAGUGGCGUCUUUGACACCGCUACUAAUAAUAGUUUAAAUACAGUUGGUGAUUAUCCUCAUACAUUUCAAAGUCAUUAUCAUCCACAUUCAAGACCAUAUUCCAAUGGUUUUCAUAAUUCUCUAAGAUUCAAUAGUCAGAAUCGAUUAGAUGAUAAUGACGAUAAUCAGCAACAAUCGCCACAGCAGCAGUAUCAACAACGGAUCGAUGGCGAUUAUGAAACAGAUGAUAUUAAUAAAUCUAAACUACUUAUGUGGGGUCUUACAAAGAGUGGUAAGACAUCAAUAAUAAAACUUAUUUUUGAAAAAAUGUCUGCCGGUGAAACAUUAAAACUUCCAGAAACAAAAAUGGUUCAAAUACAUGAACUCACUUGUGGGAUAUAUGUAAAAUUUCAAAUUCGUGAUGUGCCUGGUCCAAAAAUGUCAUCUUUAAAUGAUUUCGAAGCCUUUGCGUCCAAUUCUACGACGAUUGUUUUUGUUCUUGAUAUUACAGAAGACUAUUCCGAUGCAAUCAAUUUAUUAGUUAGUUCAGUGCAAUGGAUGCAUCAACAUGGUCAUAAUGUACGGUUUGAAGUAUUAAUUCAUAAAAUCGACGGUGUACAUGAACCGGACCGUUUAGAACGGUAUUCAACUAUUCAAAAACAAGUUAGUGUUAUGCUACAUGAAUGUUCAAUUGAAAAGCCGAUGAUAAACUUUUAUUUAACCAGUAUCUAUGAUCAUUCAAUACAUGAAGCCUUUAGUAAAAUUGUUCAAAAUCAAAUGAAACAACUACGUGCACUGGAAAAUAUGCUUAAUUUAGUUACAGAAAGUACACAAUUGGACAAGAUCUUUGUGUGUGAUAUUUACAAUAAAAUUUUUCUUGCCUCGGACACUAAACCGGUGGAUACUCAACUAUCGGAAUUGUGUUGUGAUGUUGUUGAUGUUUACACAGGCAUUUCAUCUAUAUAUGGAACAAGUAACAACUCGUUGCUUGAUUCAAUGUCGUUUUGUACGAUUGAGCUUUCAAUUGGUCUUAUACUUUAUUUAAAAGAUAUAGAUCCGACUACAGCACUCAUAUGUAUAUUAAAAAAGGAAUCGAAAAUCAAUGAAGCUUUAAUGGAAGUUAAUUUGAAUAUUUUGAAAAAAAAUAUUCAAGAGUUAUUUCUUAUGUUUGCGAAAAAUUCAACUCGACAACAAUUAAAUACGUCAAUAACAUCAAUCGAAUGA